AUGGAUAUCAUCACGUUUAAUUACCCAGAGAUCGCGAGAAUUAGUGAUAUUAAAGAUAGCGAAAUGAUGUGGAUCAAUAUUAAUGGCAAAAUCAUAAAAUCCUCAAGGAUUGCCCUAAUUAUGAUCUCAAGAUAUAUUCAUGAUGAAUAUUUACGAGAUAACACGAUAACAUCAGUGAAUAUAUAUGUUAAAUUAGCAUGCACCAAUACAAUUGAUAUCGUCUCAGACUUUAUAAAUAAAGGAAUCCUCAAAUUUGAAAACGAUUUAGAACAUAAUAGAGAUCUUUAUGAAAUCGGAAAAAAAUUAUUUAUUGAAUAUCUUAUCAAAAUAUUUUGCAACUUUACACAAUCAUAUCAAGAUAUUAAUGAAGAAAACUUUUGUGAUAUCUAUGAUUGCGCUUUAAUCGAGAAUGACAAUGCCAAGAUAGAAGAAUGUAUUUCAUUUUUUGCAUCAAAAAUGAGUAUUCUCGAUGAAGAAUAUAAAAUCAAAACAAUCCAAAGGUAUGGAUAUGACUUUUUAGAGCGAACAUUGAUGUCAAAAUCUCUUACCAUAUUAUCAGAGGAUUCAUUGGUUCAAACAAUUAUAUCAUUAAGUGAAUUUGGUAACUCUUUCUUUUGUUUGUUAAAUCAUAUAAGAGUUGAGCUUUGCAGCAAAAAAGUAAUUGAAAAUAUUUCAAAAUAUGCAGAAGAACAUAAUCUAGAAUCUGUCACGAAUCAAGUCUUUGAACAAGCGCUAAUUCAUCGCACCCCAAUUCCACGAAAACUAGAAAUUUCUCAUUCAUUUUUCAUUGAUGUUGAUAGGAUCCAACAAUUGAAAAACCUUGAAAAAACAAAAGAUGAUUAUGAGAGGAUAUAUGAAGUACUUGAGCAGGCAUCAAGCGAAGAUGAUAUAUUAACAAUUAAAAUUGCAGUUAAAGAAAAAUAUAGUGACGUUCGUGAUUAUGGUGGAUAUAAUAUGAUUCUUGAAGCUGCAUGCCGAAAUAAUCUAUCCCUUGUUAAGAAUUUAUUUAACAAUGGUGCAGAUAUAAGAAGUAGAUGUGAUUCUAAACGAACAAUUCUACAUUAUUUUUGCAUGAAAGGAGAUUUGGAAGGUGUAAAAUUUGCUCUUAAUUUCAUAGAUAUCAAUGAUAAAGGAGAUGAUGAUUUUACACCUCUACAUGAUGCUAUUAAUUAUAGUCAAGAAGAAAUCUGUGAAUAUCUUUGUGCACAACCAAAUAUAGAGAAAAAUGUUAAAAACAAUUAUGAUCAAACUCCUCUUGAGUUUGCAGUACUUCUUAACAAACAACACAUAGUUGAAAUUCUUCAAAGAAAUGAAUUCACCUAA